AUGCCCACCCACCCCAAACUCCAGGGCAACCGCGCCCUCGCCAUCCUCGACGCCGCUGCAGCCGGCAAGUACGCCGUGCCGGGCAUGUGCUGCUACAACAUCGAGGGGAUUCUGGCGACGGUGCGCGCGGCCGAGGCCAAGCGCUCGCCGGCCAUGAUCCUGCUGUUCCCCUGGGCCGUGCAGUACGCUGACGGGUUGCUCGUUCACGCCGCGGCUGAAGCGGCGCAGAAGGCCAAAGUGCCCAUCUCCGUGCACAUGGACCACGCCCAGACGCCUGAGAUCAUCCGCUAUGCCGCUGACCUGGGCGGCUUCGACAGCAUCAUGGUUGAUAUGAGCCACUACGAAAAGGACGAGAACCUGGCUCUGACGCGCGAGCUGACGGCGUACUGCCAUGAGCGCGGCAUCGCGACCGAGGCCGAACCGGGCCGUAUCGAGGGCGGCGAGGACGGCGUCGCUGACACGGCGGACCUGACGGGCCUGCUGACGACGCCUGAGGAGAGCCGCGAGUUCGUCGCGACGGGCAUCGACUGGCUGGCUCCGGCGUUUGGCAACGUGCAUGGCUCGUACGGCCCGCGCGGCAUCCAGCUCGAGUACGACCGGUUGGCGAGCAUCAACGAGGCGGUGGGCGACCAGGUGCGCCUGGUGCUGCACGGCGCCGACCCGUUCACCGAGGAUAUCUUCCAGAAGUGCAUCUCCCACGGCGUGUCCAAGGUCAACAUCAACAAGGUCAUGAACAACGAGUAUGUGCGCGUGCAGGCCGAGCGCGCGGGCAAGGCGCCCCUGACGACCGUUCAUGAGGAGGCGACGGCCGCGAUGCAGAAGGCGGUUGAGCGGAUUAUGGAUAUGUUGGGGUCGACGGGGAAGGCAUGA